GUAAGCGCGGCGGCCGCGGCGGGAAGCGCGGGCAGCGGGGCCGCGCCAGGCGGGCGGCUCCUCGGGGGCUGUCGGUUCCUGAGGCGUCUGAGGAAGCUUGCCGCCGUCGGGCAGCAGCCAGUGGUCUCUUUUGCCCGGGAGGGCGGACACGGGGUUGGUACGGCGGGCAGGCGGGGCCGGGCCGGGCAGCGGAGACUCGUCGUGGGCUGUCGCGGGUGACGGGAGAGAAGCCGUCUCGCAGACGUGAGGCUCUCCCCCGGUGGCGGCUGCCCGGCUCGGGGCUCACGCGCUCGUUGAGCGAAUAAACGACGAUUCCCGUUGACCCCUGACCUCGGGUUUGGAUUUUCUGCUCGUUUAGUGGGGAGAUGCCCUUUGCUUCUUGGAUGUAAUGCACUUUAUGUUUAUUAUUCAUCAGUGAAAAUGAGUCAUACAGAGGUUAAAUUAAAAAUACCUUUUGGAAAUAAAUUACUGGAUGCCGUUUGUUUGGUACCUAACAAGAACAUAGCAUAUGGAAUAAUUCUUACACAUGGAGCAUCAGGAGAUAUGAAUCUUCCUCAUUUGAUGUCACUGGCAUCCCAUCUUGCAUCUCAUGGGUUUUUCUGCCUAAGAUUUACUUGCAAAGGCCUUAAUAUUGUACACAGGAUUAAGGCAUAUAAAGCAGUUUUGAAUUACCUAAAGACCUCAGGAGAAUACAAACUUGCUGGUGUUUUUCUUGGAGGCCGUUCAAUGGGCUCGAGAGCAGCUGCUUCUGUAAUGUGUCACAAUGAGCCAGAUGACAGUGAUGAUUUUGUUCGAGGUCUCAUUUGUAUUUCUUACCCACUGCACCAUCCAAAACAGCAACAGAAACUCAGAGAUGAAGAUCUCUUUCGUAUAAAGGAUCCUGUACUGUUUGUGUCCGGCUCAGCAGAUGAAAUGUGUGAAAAGAACUUGUUGGAGAAAGUGGCACAGAAAAUGCAAGCUCCCAGUAAAAUCCAUUGGAUUGAAAAGGCAAAUCAUUCUAUGGCAGUGAAAGGACGGUCAACAAAUGAUGUUUUCAAGGAAAUAAAUACACAGAUCUUGUUUUGGAUCCAAGAAAUCACUGAAAUGGACAAGAAAUAAUUGUCAUUAAAAGCCAUGUUAUUCUGAAUAAAAGUACGGUUAAUUUGAUAAAGAACAAUAUACCUCUCAGCAUUGUGAGAUGUAUUUCAGACUAAUGUUCUUUAAUGUUGCCCUAUUUUUGAAACAUGGUAUUGUGAAAAUAUCCUUUACAAGAUGUCUUUUGAAAGCACUGUUAUAGUUAUAUGAAGAUAAUGUACAAAUAUUGAAGUUGUCUAUAAUUUAUUUUCAUUAGUAUAGUUAAGUUUUGAAAAAUUAAACAUUUGCAUUUUGUUA